UUAAUAUUUUUUUUUUUCCCUUUUUAAAUUUCGUGGUCUUUUUAUAAUUUUCUAAAAAUUAAAGUUUUAAGUUUGGUAUUUCGACGAAACAUAAAUAAUAAUUAAAAGUAUAUUGAAACUUGAAUGGAUGAACUGUGAACAGGGGCGUUACCUUGUCUUCCCGCCGCCCCAACUGCUAUCGACCACUGAUGAAGACGACGACUGUGAUAUCAAACUUGUACGAGUAUACUCUAUUACUUACCUCUUCUUACUUUCUCUAACCAACAAAACCUUUCAUAUGAUGCAAAAAAGAGGGUUUAACACACUCUUUCACUUUCACUCAAUUCUCAAAAACCCCUCACCACUGCUCCUCUUUUCUUCUCCCAGAACCCCAUUCCAUACCACUUCCACUCCCUUCGCCACCAGGCCCCUCUCCACUUCUUCACCGGAUGAUCUUCAAGGGUUGGUCGACCCGGAAGAUCCUUUGGCGCUGGAGUCCUUUUCAGCUCACGAGUUUGCUUUCUUGCGUGACUCGUUGGAUUCCAAUGUUGCUGAUUCUGGCUCUUCCGAAGGUAAGAUUGCGUCAGCGAAGUUUUCCAGUGAGGCUCUUUGUAUUUCCACGGCCAUUAGAGAGAAUAAUGACGGGUUUGGUCACCAGACUCAGAGAUUUCUUAGGCAGUAUAGGGACAAGUUGAGUGAAAGUUUGGUGGUUGAUGUCUUGAAUCUUGUACAAAACCCUGAAUUGGGUGUCAAGUUUUUCAUCUGGGCCGGUCGCCAAAUUGGGUAUAGUCACACUGUUCCUGUGUACAAUGCAUUGUUAGAGAUGUUGAAGUGUGAUGGUAAGCGUGCAAUACCUGAAUGUUUUCUUCAAGAAAUUAAGAGUGAUGACAGAGAGGUUUUUGGUAAGUUGCUCAAUGUUUUGAUUAGGAAGUAUUGCCGAAAUGGGUGGUGGAAUGUAGCAAUUGAAGAAAUGGGGAGGCUUAAGAAUUAUGGGUACAAACCUACCAGAGCAACUUACAAUGCGUUAGUUCAAGUAUUCACAACAGCUAAUCGGUUGGACACUGCACAGUUGGUUCACCGGGAGAUGUGGGACUUGGGGUUUAGGAUGGAUGAGUUUACGUUAGGUUGUUUUGCCCAUGCGCUUUGCAAGGUUGGGAAAUGGAGGGAAGCCCUCAGUUUGAUUGAGAAGGAAGAGUUUAUGCCUGAUACAAUUCUCUACACAAAAAUGAUAUCUGGGUUGUGUGAAGCUUCCCUUUUUGAAGAAGCUAUGGACUUCUUGAACAGAAUGCGGUCUAGCUCUUGCAUUCCUAAUGUUGUGACUUAUAGGAUUUUGCUUUGUGGCUGUUUAAGGAAAAAACAGCUUGGUAGAUGUAAGAGAAUUCUUAAUAUGAUGAUUGCGGAAGGUUGUUAUCCCAGUCCUAAGAUAUUUAAUUCUCUAAUCCAUGCUUACUGCAGAUCAGAAGAUUACAAUUAUGCCUAUAAAUUGGUAAAGAAUAUGGUAAAAUGUGGUUGUCAGCCUGGAUAUGUUGUUUAUAAUAUCUUGAUUGGGGGUAUCUGUAGCAAAGAAGAAUUACCCAGUUCAGAUUUGUUGGAUUUGGCUGAAAAUGCUUAUAGUGAGAUGCUUGAUGCAGGGAUUGUGUUAAAUAAGGUCAAUGUUAGUAACCUCGUUAGGUGUCUUUGUGGUGCCAGAAAAUUUGAGAAAGCCUUCAGUGUUAUCAAUGAUAUGAUAGGCAAGGGUUUUGUUCCUGAUACUAGUACAUACUAUAAGGUGAUUAGUUUUCUGUGCAACUCCACCAGGAUAGAAAAAGCUUUCUCAUUGUUCGAAGAAAUGAAAAAGAACAAUGUUGUUCCUGAUGUCUAUACGUAUACUAUUAUGAUUGAUAAUUUUUGUAAAGCUGGCCUUGUUCAACAGGCUCACAAUUUGUUUGAUGAGAUGAUACUAAAUGGUUGUUCCCCGAAUGUGGUUACUUUUACUGCUCUUAUACAUGCAUACCUUAAAGCUAAGAAGGUGUCCAAUGCAGAUGAACUAUUUCAAAUGAUGUCAAAAGAAGGGUGUGCCCCAAAUGUUGUCACAUAUACAGCUUUGAUAGAUGGACAUUGUAAAGCUGGUGAAACUGAAAAAGCUUGUCUAAUUUAUGAAAGAAUGACAGGUAAUGUUGACAUCCCUGACUUGGAUAUUUAUUUCAGAAAUGGGGAUUGCAGUUCAGAAAAACCGAAUGUUUUCACAUAUGGAGCUCUGGUGGAUGGUUUGUGCAAAGCUCAUAAGGUCAAAGAGGCUCGUGAUUUAUUAGGUGCUAUGUCUGCAGGAGGUUGUGAACCUAACCAAAUUGUGUAUGAUGCUCUCAUAGAUGGAUUUUGCAAGGUUGGAAAGCUUGAUGAAGCACAGAAUGUAUUUUCAAAGAUGUCAGAGCAUGGCUAUAGUCCAACCAUAUACACUUAUGGUUCUUUGAUUGAUAGGCUGUUUAAGGAUAAAAGAUUGGAUCUUGUGUUGAAAGUAUUGUCUAAAAUGCUAGAAAACUCAUGCACCCCCAAUGUUGUUAUCUAUACAGAGAUGAUUGAUGGCUUGUGUAAAGUGGGCAAGCUAGAUGAAGCCUAUAAGCUUAUGUUAAUGAUGGAGGAAAAAAAGUGUCACCCAAAUGUUGUGACUUAUACUGCAAUGAUAGAUGGUUUUGGAAAAGCUGGUAAAAUUGACAAGUGCCUCGAACUCUUGCAAGAGAUGAGCUUGAAGGGUUGUGCUCCAAAUUUUAUCACGUACAAAGUUUUAAUUAAUCAUUGCUGUGUUGUGGGCCGCUUGCACGAGGCGCAUGAACUUUUGGAUGAAAUGAAACAAACAUAUUGGCCGAAGCAUAUGGCAAGCUACCAAAAGGUUAUUGAAGGUUAUAGCAGAGAGUUCCUAGUCUCUCUUGGGCUUUUGAAUGAGAUGGGUCAUUCUGAUUCAGCGCCAAUAUUUUCGGUAUAUAGUAUUCUGAUUGAUAAUUUUCUGAAGGCCGGAAAUCUCGAAGUGGCUUUGGAGUUGUUUGAAGAGAUUUCACCAUCAACACCAUUAACCCCUUUAAGCAACAACAUGUACAGUUCUUUGAUUGAGAGCCUUUCAAAUGCAAGUAAGGUUGGCAUGGCAUUUGAACUGUUCGCUGAUAUGUUAAGACGUGGUGGAGUUCCACACCUAGGUACUCUUGUUCACCUCAUUAAAGGACUCACCAAACAUAACAUGUGGGAUGAAGCACUUCAAUUAUCAGACAGCAUACAAAAAAUGGAUAUACAUUGGCAACAAGAAGAGACGCCUGACGGAAACUAGACUCUUUAGGAAUAGCUUAUUGAGGCUUGGUUUGAUGACUGCGAAUGGUUUCUCGAAGCUUCUAUGAGAGAGAUAAUUAUUCCUGCAGGCAUACUUAAAACCUGUGGAAAUGGAUGCAUAUUGUGCCUAAUUGAAGGAUUCAGCAGGAUUUUGAAUGUUGUACUUUGUCUAGUGAAGUAACAUGAGAUGCAAAAAGCUUGAAGAAAAGAACAUUCGAUUCCUUGCCAGAAAAGUUUAACUGAAUACAAUACAAAGGCAAAUUAAGAGCUGUAAAGAAUGAUAUUACAGAAAUCCAAAGAAAGCGUUUCAUGACAUAGUAUUUUGUGUUGCUGCUGAGGCUGAUUCUAUAUCCAAGACUGGGAAUGCAAGUUGAGCAAGAUUUCCACAGUAUCUUGAAUAAGAUCCCUUGUUUGUUUGGGACUCCUUCCAAGAUUCCAAAAUCAAAACCCUUCUGCUUCUCUCUCUCUCUCUCAUCUCAAGAUCUGUAAAUUGUAGCCUGCAAUUGUCCAUCCAAAAGAAUAGCCAAAAAAAAUUGUCCAUUCAAAAGUUUGGAAUGCAGGUCUAAUGUUGUAAAAGAAAACCCUUCGGCUAAUUGGCAUUGUUUGGUGCUCUUUUAUUUUCAAUGUUUUGGCUUUGUAUAUGAGAAUAGAAUAGAAAUUUAUUAUUUACAAGAUAGAGGAUACGUUGGGGUGUUAGUUUUAUUUUAUUUUGAGAAAUGCUAAAGGUACUAUAGAACAUUCUUCUAAGGUGUAAUAUGGUUAUUGAUGUAAUUUAAUAGGCUAAUUAGUAA